AUGUCGGAGCUGGAAGCCCGUUUCGUUAAGAAGGGACUGUGGGUGAACGAAGCGAAAGGCGCCGUGCUCGGGAAGGUCUACACCACGGAGACACGCACUGGAACUAUUCUCGUGGCGCUGCUGGCCGUAUUUUCCUCUCUCGCGACGGCACACCUCUGGAACCUGGUUAUCUUUUACUGCCACCAGCGACGCGCCCAUGGACGACCUGCAGACGGACUCUUCAAGCAACAACAAGCGCUGCUCCGCACCUUGCCCCCACCGACCUCCUUGAUGACCGAUACUGUGAAGCUCUGGUGGUCCUGGAGACAUCGGACUGACAACGUCCUCCUCCGUUGCAUCAUCUUUCCACUCCUGGGGAUUCUGUUCGCCGCGUCGACAUUGACCGUCAGUCUCACGUCGUCUUAUAUCGUGGAUACAACGAAUUUAGAGGUUUUGGUCGACUCGCCAUCAUGCGCGUCCAUCAAUCUGCCGCGUAUGGCCGAAACCCAGCUUACGGCCAGCACCCUCGUGGAAAAUAUAUCGCCGGUCAUGGAGUCUUACACCAGGGACUGCUACGGGAAAGAAACAUCGGACCUGCCUUCGCGAUGCCGCAACACCUUCAUCGCGCCCAAUAUACCGGUGAAAAACGCAUCCGUCCCGUGUCCGUUCUCGGAGGAAAUGUGCGACGGGGAAGCUUUGGAGCUUGAUUCGGGUCUUCUUGAUAUGAAUCAUUAUUUCGGACUCAAUCUCCACAAAGAGGAUCGCCUCCAGUUUCGCAAACGAACCACUUGUUCCAUCUUGCCUAUCGAUGGAUACUACGACGUCUUGCCUGCGACUGACUUCGACGGUCUCCUGGGAAGAGGGGCAUUGCCGGAAGAAGAAAUAAUCGCCCUUAAAUACAAUGCGCCGUCCCCGAGUGAGGAUGUACAGGCAAAGUACACGUUCGCUCACAGCCUCGCAGUCUCAAAUAUUUCGCAAAAUUAUGAAUUCAGGGUUAUGCAAAGCUAUGCGUCCCCGGAUUGGGAAACCGCAGGAGCUUUGGCGCCGCGUUACGCUCCUCUUCCUUCGCUCGCACGUCAAGAUGCCGACGUGGCCCUCAUUGCUCUCUGGAGCAACAACGUCUUGUACGCUAAGCCCGUUAACGACCCACUUUUUGCGGCGCACGCCAAUGCUUCCUUCGUCAACUAUGGCGCAACUUUCGAACAGUUCAGGCCCGAUCACCCAGGGCGUACACUUGGCUGCGCACAACAGUGGCAAUUUUGCCUACCCAAGCUCGGAGAGAACGCUUGCACUCCAUUCAUGGGAGUGACCCUCAACAUUCCACAGAACGUGACCCAGUUCUCACACACGACUAGCACUCAGCGCGCAGUCAUCCAGCUGCUCCUAACGUCCUCCGUUUUCGCAGACAUAACCAAUGCUCCAGUGAGCCAAUACUCAUUGGCAGGAAGCGCGGUGCAGUUCGGAGUGGCCUACGAACUCGCGGACGACCAGUGGAAGAAAGAACUCGUGAUGUGGGAAUCUGCCUCUUGGGCAGCAUUGCAGAUUCUCGUCUCCGAUUACGCCGUGGGGCCGGUGCAUCGCGAUCCCCUAGCAGAUCAGUAUACCGAUCAGCCUACAUCAGUUGGCGAUAAAACGCUCUGUCAUGCACAGAAGAUGCGGAAGGCGGGAGGAUUUGCCAAUAUAUCCGUGUUCGGUCUAGCUUUCCUUCUCACAGUAUCCGGCACCAUCGCUCUCACCGACAUAAUCCUCCUCCGAUUCCUCAUCUUCCUAAGCCGGUUCCGCCGCGCCUUGGCACCGAAGAUCGAUCGCUGGAUCCAGGACGGCGUGUUCCAACUCCAGCGUCGCGCAUUCGAAGCCGACCGCAAGGGAUAUUGGGUCGGCCUCGAUAACGAGAUUCCGACCACGCGAUCAAAGGAGUUGCUUGGCGAGCUGUCUAGCGAGGUGCAACCUCGAGGAGAUGCAGUCGUGUACGCGCAGUCGGAACAGGCGUCUAGUAUGAGGGAUAAUACGGAUAGCGCUUCGACUGGACAGAAGGAGGCGGAUUUGCGGCCGAAAGAGCCGCUCACUGUUGUGGAGCGAGAGACUUCGAGCACGCUGGGGUCGAAAUAGAGA